CUUUGCGAACCUUGCAGCAGUACCUAUAGUCAUUAUAAUCUUGCCAGCGAUGCACUCUAUUCUUGGGGUAGCAGCAGUGAUAUCCUUCAUCUUCGUAAACCCCCCUUUCGUCCUCGCGAACCCGCUCCCAAUACCAUUUCCACAGGAACAAACUACCAAUGCAUCUUGUGCAGCCAUAACGAUAAUUGCAGCGCGCGGCACUAGCGAAGAUCCCGGCGAGGGCCGCCUAACCACCGUCGCCAGAGACAUUGCCAAUGGACACGAGAACAGCGAACGUAUCGCGCUCGAUUACCCAGCAGAGCUAUUUCCGUACUCCGUCUCCUUAUACAGGGGGAUCCAAGCUUUAACUGGCCUUCUAAACACAUCUGCAUCAAGUUGUCCGGAGACUAAGAUUGUCCUGUUGGGGUAUUCGCAGGGGGCGCAUGUUAUUGGCAAUACGUUGUGUGGCGGGGCCUUUGCGGAGCAGGGGAUUGAUCAGAGGAUUGCCGAUAAAGUAUCUGCGAUCAUUUUCAUGGCUGAUCCGCGCCAUGUGCCUGGCAAAUCGUUCGAUGUUGGCACCUCAACCAGAAACGGUCUCCUGCCGCGCCCGGAUUCCGAAUCCUGUGACGAAUUUGCUUCCCGCAUGCGAUCCUACUGCGACUCGGGGGACCCGGUGUGUGACAGCGGCUUUGACAGGGAGGUUCAUAGGGCUGUUGUAGAGAAGUAUCGUGCGAACGCUGUUGCGUUCGUGAUUGGGCUGCUUGCUGAUCUAUGCGUUUGACGUUUGGUAGACAUGGCGGUCUCUUAGAGCUAGUCGUGGAAUAUUGCAAAUCAUGGCCUUUCGAUUUUGUUUUACCCUUCGCAAUUUUCCUAUCCGUGGUUGUUUGGAGGGCUGGGUAUGUGCGUCGAGAACGACAUUCUAUGCGAAUAUUCGGUUGGAGGCAUGGACCUAGACAGAUAUUGCGUAGGAUGAAACAAUGGGGGAGAGAAUGUUGUUAUGUAUGAAAGCUAUGGUCUAUAUUCUAUAUUCUAUUAUCCUCAACAUUAAAACAAAGCCACAAAAGAAACUCCAAACAAUCGGAAAUAUUAAAAAUGAGAGGGGGAAUGGAGAAGAAAUAAUGAGAAAAAAUGAUUAAAGGCGCAGAAUGUUC